ACCGGAAGCUAUGGGCUCUGGCAUAGACAAACCGACGCUCCGCUGAAGUAGCAUUUUAGCUAGAAAUUGCCUUAUGAAAGCGGCAGAUCGCUAGCUAACGUUUAAUCUCAGAGUUUUACAUCCAAAGCCAUUGAGUUUUUCAAAGCAAGAGUUUUUCCGGAAUCCAUUCUCAGAGGAACAUAAAUACGAAUUGAAAGCUGGUUUAUAUCGAGCGGCUUCUGUUCAAGCGGAUGUAGCAAAGGCGGAGUGCUCCGCUCAUUCAUUUGUGGGACGGGACGGCGAGCGUACACGAUGGCGACUGGUGCAGAUGUACGAGAUAUACUGGAACUGGGAGGCGGUGACAAUGACUCGGGACCCAUCAGUAAGAAGGACAUCAUUAAUUCUGAUAAAAAAAAGUCAAAGAAGUCAACAGAGACACUAACGUUCAAACGGCCUGAAGGGAUGCACAGAGAGGUUUAUGCUCUCCUUUAUUCAGAUAAAAAAGAUGCUCCUCCACUGUUGCCUAGCGACACCACGCAGGGCUAUCGGACAGUGAAGGCCACGGGCUGUAAGAGAGUACGUCCCUGGAAGUGGAUGCCUUUCACUAACCCCGCCAGGAGAGAUGGCGCCAUAUUUCACCACUGGAGACGCCUGACAGAGGAAGGCAAAGACUACCCAUUUGCCCGCUUUAAUAAGACCGUUCAGGUGCCCGUCUACUCAGAGCAGGAGUAUCUCAUGUACCUUCACGAUGACGGAUGGACCAAAGCAGAGACAGAUCACCUGUUCGACCUCUGCAAGAGCUUCGAUCUGCGUUUUAUCGUGAUCCACGACCGCUAUGACCACCAGCAGUUCAGGAAGCGGUCAGUUGAAGACCUGAAAGAGCGCUACUACAACAUCUGUGCCAAAUUGUCAAAGAUCCGCGCUGCCACUGGGUGCGAGCCCAAAAUCUACGUCUUUGACGCAGGACAUGAGAGGCGUAGAAAAGAGCAGCUGGAAAGAUUGUUCAAUCGCACCCCAGAACAGGUGGCAGAAGAGGAGUACUUGAUCCAGGAGCUCCGUAAGAUCGAGACACGGAAGAAGGAGAGAGAGAAGAAAGCUCAGGACCUGCAGAAGCUCAUAACAGCCGCAGAUACCACCACGGAGAUGCGGCGGGCAGAGCGGAAGGCCACGAAGAAGAAGCUUCCCCAGAAGAGGGAGACUGAGAAACCGGCUCUACCAGAGACGGCAGGCAUCAAGUUCCCUGACUUCAAAUCCGCUGGUGUCACGCUUCGUAGCCAGAGAAUGAAGCUCCCAAGCUCAGUGGGACAGAAGAAGAUUAAAGCCAUCGAGCAGAUCUUAACGGAGCAGGGAGUCGAUCUGAACCCCAUGCCCACUGAGGAGAUCGUGCAGAUGUUCAACGAGCUGCGCAGCGACCUGGUGCUGGUCUACGAGCUGAAGCAGGCGCACGCCAACUGCGAGUACGAGCAGCAGAUGCUGCGGCAUCGCUACGAGGCCUUGCUGAAGGCCGGUGGUGAGGGCAGCCACCUUGGCGAGGGGCCUGGUGCAGAGGGCUCCGCCGGCCCCGGGUGUGAGGACCUGAAGGUGGAGGCCAAGGAGCAGGUCAUCGACGUGGUAGGAGCGCCGCUCACGCCCAACUCUAGAAAACGAAGGGAGUCCGUCUCCAGUUCAUCUUCUCUGAAGAAAGCCAAGAAACUUUGAUCUGGAUAAAGAAUCAUUGCUUGGGUCAGGGGUGAAUACAUGGAAAGAACAUUGACUAGCUAAAUAUAGGAAACGCUGUUUAUCA